AUUUUGGAUGGAACAUGUACAAAUGGAAUAAAUAGGAAAAGACAGGAUGGAAGAAAGCUAUUCAUCAUGUAUAUGAGAAUUUGACUGAGGACCAACAUGAACUGAACUCAAACAAUCUGACAUAAGCAGUGUGGGAUCUCCCUUUUUGGAAAUGCUGUCCUUGUUUGGUGCAGAGAAGGAUAAGCAGCGGCUGUGUAAUGCUAGCCGUGUUCUGUAUGACUGUGUCUACAUCUUCGUCUCUUCCACCAACACCAUGUUCCGAAUGCUCAACCAGUACCUUGGGACUGAAUUUCCCAACAUUGUUGUGAGGGAAAACCUCAGCAUCAAGGAGAACCUUCAACUUCUGGUGAGUGCUCUGAAAGACAUGCAGGAGACAGUGGAGUUGAAGGAUAAGGAUGUCCAGCAGCUUAUCAGCAGCCCAUUGUAUGCUAAGAUAAUUCGACCUGCUUCCCCCAUGGAUGAAAGAAUUAAGCUUGUGAAGGAGAUUUAUGGCCUUUAUAAGGGAUCUUUUGCAAUGAUCUGUGGUCCCAUUGCUGCAGUCUUACUGAAAAAUGGUAAUCUCCCUGAACAACUACAGUCUGCCUUGCGGGAAUUAGUGAACUCUCCUGUGAUGACUCUUCGAGUUGGUGAUCUUCUCAUGACCCAUGAUGAAAUUGCUAAAGCUCUUCCAGAGCCCAGCACUACUUCAGAACGUACAGCUGUGCCACCUGGCACAAAGACUCGCAGUCCGUCUAUGGUGCCUUCCACAAAUUACUCACUUACCAGCUUCAUACAGGUAGUUCUCCGGGGACAAACACCCAAGAACAGCUUUGAAUUAGCUGCAGAUUGCUUGGAAAAUGCUGUUAAGGUAUUGAAGCCCGCUUGUGAAAAUUUCCAAAGUGUUGUUAAGAGGGCUGAAGAAUACGUCACACUGAUCAUCGACAAAUUGCAGUGA